AAACACAUAAACAUAGAACCACAAAAGACCUGCAGCCUACCUGAGUGGUGAAUUCAUUGCGAUCUUUGUAUCUAGCGGAUUGAGGAAUUUCCCGGCGAAUCUUGUUGACUGUGCCGAGGAUGGUGGUUUUCCGUCUAAGAAGUUUUUGUGCAAGUGAAAGCGAUGUGAAGAAAUUGUCCGUGGUAACAUUUCUGCCCUUGUCUAGGAAUGGUUCCAUCAGCCUCAUCACUACAUUUUCAGACAGUCUCUCCCCACUGGGACGAUUGGGGUCCUUGCCAAGAUAUGGGAGGACAUUGCAAAUGUACUUGGAUUUUAGGUCGCAGGCCACCCAAAACUUGAUCCCAAACUUGUCAGGUUUACUUGCAAUAUACUGCAGGAAACAGCACCGAGUCUUUGAUGGGAAGAGCUGUUCAUCAACGGUGAUAUGUAGACCAGGGUUGUAGCACGUGAUGCAGUUGGUGACAAAUGAUCCCCACACACUGGAAAUUGUGUGGGGGAUUGUAAGGCCAGGAAAAGUAUCUUGAGUCGCCUUCAGAGCUUCCUGUGUUUCAUCACUCUUGACAUGCUUCAUAGCAUUCAAGAAUGGACUAUUCAACAUGCAGAGCAAACGGAGGAUGUUCAUUGGUUCAUGGACCUCCCUGAACUAAUGGCAUUUAUUUCAAUUGUCAUCUUGCGGGGGGUUACUAGUGAUGGAACAUCACUACGUGACUGCUGGUCAGCAAACCUGGGAAACCCGCAGAUCAUUGGAACUAUGCCGCGUAACCGCUUCCAAGACAUCAUGCAACACCUACGCUUUGAUGACAGGUCCACCCGCAGUGAUCGAGCAAAGACUGAUAAGUUCGCUGCAAUUUCCAGUGUGUGGGGAUCAUUUGUCACCAACUGCAUCACGUGCUACAACCCUGGUCUACAUAUCACCGUUGAUGAACAGCUCUUCCCAUCAAAGACUCGGUGCUGUUUCCUGCAGUAUAUUGCAAGUAAACCUGACAAGUUUGGGAUCAAGUUUUGGGUGGCCUGCGACCUAAAAUCCAAGUACAUUUGCAAUGUCCUCCCAUAUCUUGGCAAGGACCCCAAUCGUCCCAGUGGGGAGAGACUGUCUGAAAAUGUAGUGAUGAGGCUGAUGGAACCAUUCCUAGACAAGGGCAGAAAUGUUACCACGGAUAAUUUCUUCACAUCGCUUUCACUUGCACAAAAACUUCUUAGACGGAAAACCACCAUCCUCGGCACAGUCAACAAGAUUCGCCGGGAAAUUCCUCAAUCCGCUAGAUACAAAGAUCGCAAUGAAUUCACCACUCAGGUGUUUUCAACCUCUGCUGCCACGCUGACGGCGUAUGCGGCCAAAUGGAAGAAGACAGUCUAUAUUCUUAGCAGCAUGCACAGCGUGGUUCAGACUGAUAACACCACCAAAAGGAAGCCAAACACUGUCACCCUUUACAACACCACAAAGUGUGGCGUGGAUGUGAUGGACCAGAUGGUGCGGGAGUACACGGUCCGCAGAGGAACACGGCGCUGGCCAGUUGCCGUGUUCUAUAACAUGAUUGACAUGGCAGCACUGAAUGCACAUGUGCUGUAUCAAGCAUGCACCGGGACGCAGGAAAGACGGGUGGACUUCCUGGUGGAGCUUGCAAGAGAGUUGGCUAACUCUCAUAUGGCUGGGAAGAAGGCAAGAAAAGAACAGUCGCUUCAGACACAACCCUCCACACCUAGCCCUGGAAAAAGAGCCACGUGUCAGGUCAAACACAAAUGCAAGAACAAUCAUGCCACUGUGCGAUGUGUUCACUGCUACAGAUACACAUUUGGUAAAUGCAGACUACAGAUACCAUGGCAGUGCCAGGAUUGUGAGUGAUUGAAAUGUACUCAC